AUGGCGUCGUCCACGGCGUCCCUGGCCCCCGAGGCCGCGCUGCUGGAGCGGCUGGGCCUCCGCGUCGCGCCGACCGACGCCGCCGACGGCCACCACCAGGCCGUCCCGCCGACGACGAUGCCCUCGCUGCCGCUCCCGGGCCUCCUCCCACUGCGCUGCGCCGUGCAGCACUACGAGUGGGGCCGCCGCGGCUCCGACUCCCUCGUCGCGCGCCUCGCCGGCGAGGGCGACGGCGGCGAAGGCCGGCCAUGCGCCGAGCUCUGGAUGGGCACGCACCCCGCCGCGCCCUCCUCGCUCGCGCCCGACGUCUCGCUCCGCGACUGGGUCGCCCGCAACCCCGCCGCGCUCGGCCGCGACGUCACCGCGCGAUGGGGCGGCGACCUCCCCUUCCUCUUCAAGGUCCUGUCGGUGGCGAAGGCGCUGUCGAUCCAGGCGCACCCGGACCGGGACCUCGCCGCGACGCUGCACGCGCUGCGCCCAGCCACGUACCGCGACGACAACCACAAGCCCGAGAUGGCCGUCGCCGUCACCGAGUUCCACGCGCUCUGCGGCUUCGCCGCCACACCGGAGCUCAAGGAAGUUUUGAGGACUGUACCUGAGGUUCAGGAAUUAGUUGGCAAAGAAGAAUCUAGGAAGCUUUUGGGUGUCAAAGAGCAAGAUGGGGGGAUCGGUGUGAGGUCAUAUCUGAAAUCAGCUUUCACCAAGUUAAUGACAGCGAGUGACGAAGCAGUUUCUAAAGCAAUUGCAAACCUUAAGACUCGCUUGAACAGUGAGAGUAAGGCUAGAAGUUUAACAAAGAAGGAGCAACUAGUUUUGUCAUUGGAGAAGCAGUACCCAGGAGAUGUUGGUGUUCUGGCAGCGUUCUUCCUAAAUUUUGUUAAGCUCAAUCCUGGUGAAGCACUUUAUGUUAGUGCGAACGAACCUCAUGCAUAUCUCUCAGGGGAGUGCAUUGAAUGUAUGGCCACUUCAGACAAUGUUGUCCGUGCAGGUCUAACUCCGAAAUACAGAGAUGUGCAAACUCUCUGCUCGAUGUUGACUUAUAAUCAGGCCUUCCCGGAAAUUCUGCAAGGAAUGCCUGUACAGCCGUACGUGACUCGUUACACCCCAUCAACUGAUGAAUUUGAAGUUGACCGCUACUUGCUACCUCCUGGCAAAUCAGUCACCAUGUCUCCAGUGCCUGGUCCAUCCAUAUUCAUCGUUAUGACAGGAGAAGGAGAAAUCCAGUCAGGCUUCAUGACUGACAGCGCAAAGGCAAAGGAAGGUGACGUUUUCUUUGUGCCGGCUCACACCAAGGUCAAGCUUUACACUUCUUCCCCCAGGUCCAUGCAGCUGUACAGGGCUGGGGUAAACAGCAGUUUCCUGAGUUGA